GAACUGGUUUUACAAGGUUCAUAUCCAACAAGGAAGUUGAGGGAAAAAUGGGAUUUAUACACCUCCACUCCAGCCAGAUCUGAAAGCGAAUGGGGAUUGAAUUGCUUUGCCUUUUUUUCCUAUUCCUGCAAAGAAUUAACUAUGUACAAGGAAAUUGUAAUCCAGGGAGUGCAGUGAAUUGUAAAGAGUGUUUGCUUUCUGGACCGCAUUGUGGAUGGUGCUUUCAAGAGAAUUUUACUGAUCCAUCUGAAAUUCUUAGAAGGUGUGGCACUCCUGAAGAGCUUAUUUCAAAAGGAUGCCAAUUGAAUUUCAUUGAAUUUCCUACAUCUGAAGUGGUAAUUCACAAAAACAAGCCUCUUAGUGAAGGGCCACAGGAAAACAACUCAGAUGUUACACAGAUUUCUCCUCAAAAGCUAACUAUCCUACUGCGGCCAGGAAAUGAAGAAACAAUACAAAUCAAUGUUCGUCAGACUGAAGAUUAUCCAGUUGACCUCUACUACCUCAUGGAUCUUUCAGCUUCCAUGCAUGAUGAUCUGAAAACCAUUAAGGAACUUGGUUCUACCUUGUCAAAAGAAAUGUCUAAACUGACAAGUAACUUUCAGCUGGGUUUUGGGUCUUUUGUAGAAAAACCAGUUUCACCAUUCAUCAACACUGUGCCAGAAGAAAUCAAGAAUCCUUGCCAAAGUGUCCCACAUGACUGCUCUCCAACAUUUGGAUACAAGCACAUUCUGUCAUUGACAAAUGAUGCCGAAAGGUUCAAUGAAAUUGUGAAAGAACAGAAAAUCAGUGCUAAUAUAGAUACUCCAGAGGGAGGAUUUGAUGCAAUUAUGCAGGCAGCUGUGUGUAAGGAAAAAAUUGGGUGGAGGAACAACUCAUUGCAUCUGUUGGUCUUUGUGAGUGAUGCCGAUUCCCAUUUUGGGAUGGAUAGCAAACUGGCAGGAAUUGUAAUUCCAAAUGAUGGAGAAUGCCACUUGGAUCAUAAUAAUGAGUAUUCCAUGUCAACUGUUUUGGAAUAUCCAAGUUUGGGUCAAUUAAUAGACAAGAUUGUGCAAAACAACAUUUUAUUAAUUUUUGCAGUGACAAAGGAACAGGUUCCUUUGUAUAAGAACUAUGCUAAUCUUAUUCCUGGAGCUACUGUUGGAAAACUCCAGAUGGAUUCUGGAAAUGUUCUCCAGUUGAUCAUUGAUGCAUAUAAGGCACUCCGGUCAGAAAUUGAGCUGGAGGUGUUGGGAGACACGGAUGGGGUAAACCUUGCUUUCACUGCCAUUUGUAACAACAGCACUGCUUUUCCACACCAAAAGAAAUGCUCUCACAUUCAAGUGGGAGAGGUGGUCAGUUUCAAUGUGACUUUAAGCCUAUCUGCUUGUGGGAAAAGUCCAAAGAACGUCAUAAUAAAGCCGGUGGGCUUGAAUGAAGCUCUGGAAAUUGAGAUCCAGUCAGAAUGCAGCUGUAAUUGUCAGAAGGAAGCUAAAAUGAACAGCUUCAAGUGCAAUGGCGGACAUGGUUAUUUUGAAUGUGGGGUGUGCACCUGCAACCCAGGCUACAUGGGUCCUCACUGUGAAUGUGAUGAAAAGAACUCAUUGAGUACAGGUUCCUGCAAAAGUUCUCCAGAGGAGACCUCUUGUAGUGGAAGAGGCGACUGCUUUUGUGGACAGUGCAUUUGCCACCCAUCGGCAUAUGGACAUAUUUAUGGGUCAUUUUGUGAAUGUGACAAUUUCUCUUGUGGGAGAUUUAGAGGACUGCUAUGUGCAGGCAACGGCUACUGUGACUGUGGUCAGUGUAGAUGCCACAGUGGUUGGACAGGUGAAUACUGUAACUGCACCACUGACACCAAUAGCUGUGCUUCUGCUGACGGCACAAUCUGCAGUGGGAGAGGUGAAUGCAUGUGUGGAAAAUGUGUGUGCACAAAUCCCGGGGUUUCAGGAAGCACGUGCGAAAAAUACUCACCCUAUGCCGACCCUUGCACUUCUAAACGGAGCUGCGUAGAAUGCUAUUUAGCUUCUAAUGAUCAGUCUCAGGAAGAGUGUGCUGAGAAAUGUAAAUUGGUUGAUGCGACUGUCAGUAGUGGAGAAGAUAUCAUGGAAGAUAAAUUUGUUCCUUGUUUGUUACUUGGAGAAAAUGAAUGUGCUAUCACAUUUCAAAUGGCAGCUGAUGAACAGGGAAAAACAACCAUUCGUAGUAUAAAUCAAAAAGCUUGUCCACAACCUCCAAAUAUUACAAUGAUUGUGUUGGGUCUUUCUAUUGCUAUCUCCCUCACUGGGGUUGUCUUGCUUUGCAUAUGGAAACUGUUUGUUUCAUUUCAUGACCGCAAAGAAGUUGCUAAUUUUGAAGCAGAGAGAUCGAAGGCCAAAUGGCAAACAGGAAUAAACCCAUUGUACAGAGGCUCAACAACAACAUUUAAAAAUGUAACAUACAGGCAAAAGGAAAGACAACCCGGAUCUGCUGCUGAUAUACUUUAGCACCCUGAAAUAUUUUUGGGGGUGGGAGGGGAAUAGUUUGAAAAAAUGUUACAUUUACUAAAUUUGUUCAAAAUUUAUUAUUAAUAUGCUAUAGUGGUACAAUAGUUUAGGAUGACAGAAUAUGUGCUUUUCAUGGUUUGAAGACCCGUAGUCAUAGCUUAAUUUGAUCUAUGAGAACUCAUUUUCUGUGUCAGAAUUCAGAACUGGAUGUGAAGUAACCAAAAUGCUGGAGAGGCUGCAGUUCCACAGGCACAUACUUCCACAUGUGGUGGGAAUGUCCCAAAAUCCAACCCUGCUGGACAACAGUCCUACAGGAAAUAAGCAAAGUACCUAAACAGCUAUUAGAAGUCACCCCAGAACUGGCCCUACUAAACAUCUUCCAAGAUAAUAAUGCCCAUGCACACUAUAAACCCACCUACUCUCAGCAGCCAGAAACUUCAUAGCCAGACGAUGGAGAGACCUGUCAAGAGUAAACUGCUUUCACUGCCUGAAGCCAAACCUCUCUUAGGAUGCACUAAGUUCUGAGGUGCAUCCUAAGUUCUGAUUGUGCAUAUGGAAACUUCCCUACUCACCUCAACAAAGGUGGCAGCUAUGUGCAUUCCUUUGCAAAUCACCUCAGAAAGCAGGUCAUUAUAAAAAAAUACAUGUGAGCCAUCUCAAUAAAAUGCUGCAUGUUCAUUAAUCAUUGCAUUUGUGUCCAAAUGACAAAACAGAAUGUAGCUUUAUUCAUAAGCAGUAAUAGUCAUGGAAGAUGUUACCUGCCACUUUUUUGAGGCAUGAUUCCUAUGCUGUUAAUAGCCACAUGGCAUAAACUCAAGAUUUUAACACUACUGCUUUCAAAACCUGUCAAACCUUAGGAAAGGUUUCUGUGUUUGGCUAAUAAAAUUCUCCACCACUAAGGCUGCAAUUUUUAAUAGGCUUACUGUGCAAUCCUAUAUAUCUCUACUCAGAAGGAAGCCUCACUUACUGUAUAUAAAAAUGUAUAGGAUUGCCCUGCUACUAGGAUGUAAAUCCUAUUGCACAAAAUAGAAUUUACAUUUGCUUUAAAAUGUUGUUUUGUAUAUGUAGUUAUACAAAAAAAAAGUCUAUUUGCAGAGUGCCUCUUGCAUUUUAGAAGGUAAGAGAAUUGAUGGAGGGUUUAGUUGGCUUGUAAGCAGGGUGUCUUUUUUAUUAUUACCAUGAAGGGGUGUUUGGUUUUUUUUUCUCCCAAAGCAAACUUUCACUAUGUUGUUCAUAGUAUGAAUGUACUUGGUGAAGACACUGGAAAUGUCUGAACAGUUAUGUUUCCUGAAAUAGUUUUGACCCAAGGCUGGACCUUAAAUGAGGCCAAAACGUUACCAGUAGCAUACUGCAUUUUACUCAUUGGAGUUCCUUGGGCAUUUUGUUAUGAGGUUUUUUUUAUAUGUAAAUAUUGUGUGAAUGGCAU